AUAGAUAUAUAUAUAUUAUAAGAUCUUUUGGUAUAUACAUAUAAAUAUAUAUAUUUAUAUAUAUGGAUAAGAUGGAUUUUAAACCAAGGUUUGCCCAGAAAAUAUUUGAGGGAGAAGGAGGAGAAUACCAAAGCUGGUCCAGCAAGGAUUUCCCAUUGUUGCCGGAGAACCAGGUCGGCGGCGGUGUUCUUCUUCUCAACCCUCGUGGAUUUGCUCUCCCUCACUAUGCAGAUUGCUCUAAGAUUGGCUUUGUUCUUCAAGGCAAUGAUGGAAUAGUGGGAAUGGUAUUUCCCAAGGCAAAAAAUGAAGUGGUAGUAAAACUGAAAGAAGGAGACAUUAUUCCAGUACCACUAGGAUCACUCUCAUGGUGGUUCAACACAGGAGAAAACAAUUCCAAUCUCAAAAUAAUUUUCUUGGGAAAAACAAACCAUUCUCACAUUCCAGGAGAAUUCACCUAUUUCCUCCAAACAGGUCGCCAAGGAGUCUUAUCAGGCUUCUCAAACCAUUUCAUUUCCCAAGCUUUUGGUCUAACCCAAGAUGAGGCCCAUAUUAUGGCCAAUAGCCAAGAUGGCUCAUUACUCAUCAAAAUCCCAAAACACCAAACCUUACCAAAACCCAAUAACAAUAAUGACAUUUACCAAAUGGUACAUAACAUAGAUGUUGCUUUUCCUCAUGGUCUUAGAGUUGACAAGGAAAUUGGGGGUUGGACCACUUUGACUCAAAAUGAGUUUCCUUUUCUUGAGAAAGUUGGGUUGAGUGUGAGUUUAAUUGAGUUGGGUGCCAAUGCCAUGAGUUCACCUAUUUACACAACUGAUUCUAGUGCUAAGAUGAUUUAUGUUGUGGGUGGGAAUGGGUGUGUUGAAAUUGUUGGGAUUAAUGGGGAAAGGGUUUUGGAGAGUGAAGUUGAAGCUGGUCAUUUGGUUGUUGUGCCAAGAUUCUUUGUGGUUGCUGCUAUUGCUGGUGGACAAGGUUUAGUCUGCCUUUCUGUCAUGACAAACUCACUGCCUAUUUUAGAGGAUAUAGCAAGCAAUGAAUCUAGCUUUGCUGCUUUGUCGAAAGAGGUGUUACAAGUAUCGCUUAAUGUGAAGCCAGAAUUUGCACAAGUAAUCAAGUCAAAGAUUACAAAAAGCUCACUCAUCCUCUCUUCAUCAAACCGUAAUAAUUAGUUGAAAAUGUUAUGAACAUUUUUCUAUAAUGUUUGUUUAGUUUUAUGGAUCCUAAUAAUAAAAAAGGUCGAUCUACUUAUGUCGUGAAGUUUAUUUAUUUUAGUGAAAAUAGAAAACUUACUUGAAUAAUUGACAUGUUUGUUUAAGGACCAAGGUAUAAAUUUAUGAAAUUUUUACAUGAUUGACUAUCUUA